AUGCCAACUGCCUCUGGUGGAACUGCUUCCCCUAGUAAGAACACUAAACAGUUCUGGAAGCAUUUUUUAAGCAAUCCUAAAAGUUUGUCGAGCGACUCGUUAACAGUUAAGGAUGCUCAUAAUUCUAAUGACCUUAUGAAGAGACCUACUUUAUCUAAGGGCAAAGUAAUCGGUGAAGCUGCUAAUGGAUCAGUUGUUAAAAAUUCAAAUUUAAAUUUGGGCAAUCAACAAUUUGAUGCAAAUUUUAAAAAUUAUAGAGAUGAUUUCAUAUUGAAAAAUCGUGGAUUUACUGGAAGUGUCUUUGGAGUAUCACUAAGUGAUUCUCUGAGUGUUGCAAGUGCAGAGGUGAUUGUUCAAAGUGAAUUGGUCAGUUUUGGUAGAAUACCCAUUGUGGUAGCCAAAUGUGGUGCUUAUUUGAAGGCAAAUGCCUUGGAAACUUCAGGUAUAUUUCGUAUCGCUGGUAGCAGUAAAAGAGUUAAAGAAUUGCAACAUAUUUUUUCUACUCCUCCUGAUUAUGGGACCAAAUUUAGUAAUUGGGAUGUAUACACUGUCCACGACGUUGCAUCUCUGUUACGACGUUAUCUAAAUAAUUUGGACGAACCAUUGAUACCAUUGCAGUUGUAUGAUGAUUUUAGAGCACCGUUAAAAAAUAGACCAAGAGUUAUAAAACAUAUACAGUCUUUGAAUGUGUCUAGCUCAUCAGAUGCCAAGGCUGGUGUUGGGAUUAAUGAUGAAAAUAGGCCGAUGAAUGAAAUCGAACAUGCUCAUGAUGGUGAUGUAGAGAAAGAAGAUGAAUCCGCAGAUGUAAGAGAAGAAAUGAUACAAAAGGAAAAAAGACGCAAAAGACGUCUAACAAAAGAAAUAAAAGCUACCAUUAAGGAAUAUCAAAGAUUAUUUUUAUCGCUUUCUGAUGAUUCAAAGCAGUUGACAAUAUAUUUACUAGACUUGUUAAGUUUAUUUGCAAGACAAUCUGAUCGCAAUCUUAUGACAGGAAAAAAUCUAUCAGCCAUAUUUCAACCAUCCAUUUUAUCUCAUCCUCAACAUGAUAUGGACCCAAGAGAGUAUGAGCUUUCGAGAUUAGUAGUUAACUUUUUGAUAGAGUACUCUUACAAGUUGCUUCCUUUCCUAUUAAAAGCGAGUAAAGAAGAUCAACAGGCUGUCAGUAUCUCUAAGGUUACUACAUCUGCUACUACUACUACUACAGCUGCUACUACUACUACUACUACUACUACAGCUGCUACACCUACUUUAGAGAAACCAGUCGAUACAACCAAGCUUCAGAAAACUCAAAGUACUAAUUCUGGUUCUAUCGAUUUGUUAAACAAGGAAACGAUAACCCCCGUUGUAACUCCAACCUCACGUAAUGUUGUCCCGCCAGGUUCAUCGGUGGUCUAUGAAAAAGGACACGAUAAUAAAUUGACUCCACCUAUUAUCAGAAGACCACAUUCUCGUUCUAUUGGAUCAGUCCCUGUUCCUCCUGAUGUGAUUUCUAGUAAUAAAAGAAGAACCAAACUGUUUAAUUGGUUUCACAGGCCAGAUUAUUUAAGUGAUUCUGGAGCCAAUGACGAAGAUUGUGCAGAAGAAGAAGUAUUUUCAGAUAACUCUACAGAUGCAAUGCCAAGGGCAACCUCUCAUGUACGUUCACUUUCUACACAUACGAGUAGCAUGAGCCGAUCAUUGAGUGGAGGAUUGGAUGUUAGACCGAUGUCACUAAUUUUCCCUCAUGGGAAUUCUAAUGGGAACAAAUCUGUGGAUGAAUUGGAACAACUGCCCAACUCUAACCACACGUCAUCAAAUCAUAUUCAUCAUCAUUCAAAGCAUAAUAGUCAUUCUCAUCACUUACAUCCGCAUCAUAGCAACUACGGGGCUAACCACGUACACCAUGUUGAAGAUCUAAAAUCUGAAGAGAAUAACAUAGAUACCCUACUUCAAUCAGAUCACCAACCUGAACAUCAUUAUCCACCGGUCCCAGAGUAUCUAUCUACACAUUCUAAUGGUUCUGUAACAGGAUCUUCUUCAUAUACAAAGACUUCGGAUGAGGAACGUUCUCCUAGGAGUCAUAAAAGGAACUCUUGGUUUCAAAGGCUGAGAAGUCGUUCGAGAUCAACAACAAAUAAUGAAAAAGACAGACGAGACUAG